GAGGUUGCCGCAGCAGUCGUGGAGUCGUGUUGCGCGCUCCACUCGCGAAAGUUGGUAGUCGAGGCGAGGGGAGUCCAACGACGAGGAGGUCUUGUAGGGUGAAAGAAAAGAAAAGAAAAGAGAAAAAAAAAAAAAGAAGAAGAGCCGACGCUACGCCGCGCGGUUACAAGUUUACUCCUCGUCGUAGUUUGUGUCAAUUUUUUUCCGGCCGUUUCCAGUCGAACGUGUCGUGUCGUCAUCUGGCGCGUCAGAGUACUCAGAGUGCAUCAUGCCCCAAGUUCCGCAAAGAUUAAGACAAUAUACAAUAAGUCUUUUCACCAUAAACAUAUUGAUUAAUAUAUAACCCUUAAUACUUGAUUGUAUACUCAAAGUACCUACACAGUGUUUGGCUUAUCCGACUCCGAACGUAAGCUUUUGCGAGUGCGUUUUCAAGUUCUGCACCGCAGGGGCACAGAGUGUGUAUAUACAAGUAUACGGUGAGAGAAACGAGCCGACCGACCUACGCCCCGGCCGCGCGCCGAUCACGAGGCGUGACCCCCACCCACAACCGCCUCUCCCGAGAGAGUCGUCGUCGUCGAGUCCCCUUGUGCAUAUAGCGGAGUGCAGUGCCAUACGCAUAUACCACGGCACGGGCGAAACAGAGACGGAGAAAAAGAAUUAGGCCCGUGUGCUGUGUGUGUGUGUGGGAGGAGUACCGAGCCGCCGCAGAAGCGCAGGCGGCGACACCCCCGGCACAGCCGAGGAGAGAGCCGGGCCGCAAUCACGGGCGUCCGUCCUGCCCUGCCGAGGGAGCUCGGGUUAUCGAUCUGAGCUUUAUACAUAUAUACACACACACACACGCCACAACGUACAGCAGUUGAUUGUGUAUAUGUAACCAACGGACUGAAGUACUACUUAAAAGAAAGGAGAGAGAACGCGUAUAUAGUAAAGUGGGCCCCGACCGAGCAGCAGGGAGCGCAGAGGGGCUUUACGAGGCAGCCGUAUAUAUACCUACGUAGAGAGAGAGAGAGAGAGAGCGACCAAGAGACAGGUGCAGCAGCUGCGCGUCGUGGGAACGGUUACAUAGUAGGUACGGGCCUGGCCUGCUGUAAAGGAAAAAAGAAAAAAAAAAGUAUAAAAGAGAUCAGGAGCCUGCAUGUACAGGCGUUCUUGCAGUAAAAGGACGGCACCAGUGCGGCGUGUGUACAAUACACGGAAUACCUACCCUAUACUUGUACAAUAGAACGGCAGCCUAUCCGGGUGCCAAUAACCCGAGUCAAUAGGCCUGCGCGGGGUUAUGUGCGUGCGGUGCUCGUGACGAGAGUCGGGAGAAGCAGCAGCUGCAACAUCCUCGAGAAGGCAAAGAUCAGUCGUUCCCAGGGGACGAGUGGGAGGGGCGUCAAGGGAACGAGCAGGAACAGUGUGGCCAAGAGUAGCCGGAGAUGAGCGAGGGCAAGCCGAGACCGGUGUCGGAGCUCGAGCCCGAGUACGCGGCCCCCUCGGCUGCAGCUGCUUCUGCCUCCUCGGGCACGAAGACGGCCUCGGGUGGUUCGGCCACGGGCCCGGGCUGUGGCUGUGGUGUCCCGGUGCUCGCUGCUGCGGCGCCGGCUGCCUCCUCGACCACGACGAUGGCCACGGUGGCUACGAGCCCGAACGCCCGCAGCGAUCCAACCAUUACGAUCAGCAUUAGCCCCACGACAGGCGGACAGUUCGAUAUCACCGUCGACAGGGGCGAGAGCGUCGAGAACCUCAAGAAGAUCAUCUCCAAGAGGCUCAAGGUCGCCAAAGAGCGAAUCUGCCUCUUGUACCGGGACAGGCAACUGCGCGAUGGUACGCUCGAGGAGAAUCAGAUACAGGAAGGCUGCAAGCUAACGCUACUGCCGAGCGUGGAAACCGGAUUACUGGCCCAACGCCCGGAGCAGAGCGUCAUGCAGGCCCUGGAGAGCCUCAGCGACUCGCAGGUCAACGACUUCCUCUCGGGCAAGGCGCCCCUCAACCUCACGAUGCGCCUGGGCGAUCACAUGAUGCUCAUCCAGCUGCAGCUGUCAACUGUGACGCCGGCCGCCACUAACACUACCAGCACCGCUACGAGUACCAAUGGCAGCAGCAGCAGCGUAACGGGGCCGAGCCCCUCGCAGGCACCACCGCCUCCUCAGCCACCACCCACGACUACUGCCCACUCGGCCGGUCCCACCACUGUGGCGCCGUCCGAGCCGACCCUCGAGCCACCCUCCAGGCGCUCAGCCACGGUGCAAUCGCUGGUGUCGACGCCGCAGGGCUGCCCGCCAAAGAUUUCCCUGGCUUCGCUCUCGUCGGCCGCGCCUACGGUCAUAAGCUCCAACUUUUUCCCGAGCUUGAGCCCGCCCAACACGCCGACUUCGCCCAACACGCCCGGGCUCGGUCCCUGCUGUCACUUUCCCCCGUUCCAGCACUUCCAGCACGCGACGUCCGUCACGGCGUCGAGCCCAGCCGCGGUGGUACAGUCCCAGCCGAUGACGCCCCCCGCCACGCCACCCGGCACGACCUCCAAGCAGACGUCCGUCGCCGUUGGUUUACAACAACAGAACCGCACGGUCUCCUCGUCCUCGCGCCAUCAUCGGAACCCGCCCUAUCACCAUCACCAUCACCACCACCACCACCACCACCAUCAUCACCAUCACCACCACAGGGUUCGGAAAAUCGGACAAGCGUCGAAGCCGCCUUGUCCGUCCUGCACCGCCGAGCCAGCGGAGGCGUUGGCAACCCACACGAGCCCCACAGAAACAUCAUCGUCAGCAGCAGCAGCAGCAGCAGCAGCAGUCCAACAGUCCAAAUGUUCCGAGUUCUCGGGUUUGAUACUCGGCCAGUGCGACUGCUCGAAAUCCACCUUGUCGACACCAAAGAAGAAGCCAUGCGCCGCCGGCAGCCUUGUUCCUCCCUCACCUUCCCCCCAGCACGUCUAUCACAAUUCCCUGAUGCAGGAAAGCGGGGGCAGCAUGCCCUCGAGUCCAACUGGCAGCACCAGCAGUAGCUUUAGCAGCGGUAACAGUUCGUCGGUACCGUCGACGCCGACGACCCCGACGACGCCCACGUACCUCGAGAGUCCGGAAGUUGCAGCAGCUGCCGCCACCGCCGCAGCUGCUGCUGCUGCUGUUGACCCGAGCUCCAAUCCCACGGCUACCCUCGACACCCGAGCGCUCGUCGAGGCCUCGAGGAAUCUCACCCAGAAGCUCAAACAGCUCUCCUCCGAGGAAAACGCCAAACGUCGCCAGGGAGCAAUCAUCGAGAGCAUGCACCACCACGGUAAGGGUGUUUACACGGGUACGUUUAGCGGCACCCUCAACCCAGCGCUGCAGGACCGACACGGCCGACCGAAGCGAGACAUCAGCACGAUCAUCCACAUACUGAACGAUCUGCUGUGCGCCACCCCGGCCACGACAGCCGGUCACUACAGGUAUCAUCACAGGCAACCGAGCAGUCAUCGUUUGGCAACCGCACCCGGAGCCCCGGGCUCCGUUCCCACUGCCUCGCAGCUGCAUCAGCAUCAGCAGCAGCAACACCAACAACAGCAAUCACCAGCCAGCUCGAUGUUCACUGUCUCGUCAAAUAGUUCGGCAGCGACGUCGGCCGCCGCGGCUGCGGUGGCGUCCAACGCGAAUUCGAUUUCCGACGCCGCUCCCGUGUGUUCCGACUCCUCCUUCUCGACCACGGCAACAUCCGGGUACACCAGUGAAGAACUUUCCAAAGAAAACGAGGCGACCAAGGGAAAAAUGCGACGGCUUCGUUUGGUGAUGGAGCAGCGCCGUGAAAAGAUGCGCGCCAGGAGGCAAGCGCGCGCCGCACCCUACACGACGAAAUGGGCGGCCGUCACGCCAGACCCCAACGCCAGCAACACGUCGUCCAGCUCGAGUGGCGGCAAGUCCCCGAGCGAUCCUCAGAACGAGCCCGAGCUCCAGCCUUGCAGUCCCGAGCCCGUAGUCGCCUAACAAGCAUCGAGGCAUCGAGCAUUGAUAAUACACGAUUUCUUCAUUAUUACUGCUCAAAUCCAAUGAUAACGAACUUUUAAACCAAACAGUGAUCCUGCUGUUGUGCUAGCCGGUUCUGCCAGACGACUUAUAUAUAUAUAUACUAAUUAUUAUCGAUAAUGUUGGCUCGUGAGCAGAGCGGUCUGCGGCCUGCUGCUUGCUGUUAAUCGAAUUCCCGUGAUCAAAAGGAAAACACAUGUGUAAUCUCUCUUUGCAAUUAUAACAUUAAAUUAAGGAGUCCGGGUACUGCUGAAAAACUACAACUGUGUGUGCGUGUACAGAUCAUCGGCAAAGAGUCAUCCGACUUACUACGGUAGACAUUUAAUGUUAGACAUUUAAUAUCUGUGUGCUGUGACGCUUUUGUUCCUUUUAAGGCACUUGUUUUUCCAAGUUAUAUUAUUAUUAUUAUUAUUAUUAUACUAUUAUUACAUGUAUACCUACUGCUAGAGUUUUGCUGUUAUAUUGCGAAUGACUUUUAAGAAUUUUUAGUACUCAUAUUUUUUUUCAUGUUUUUUAUAUGAUGAACACAACGAUUCUUAAAGGUUGCGCGGUAUUCGGACUUUUUGAUUUUGCGUAGUUUUUGUAGUAGGUUGAUUUACGGAUUUGCAAAGCAGUCGUGUAUUUGAAUAAAUACUAACACACGUUUAAAACGUCUCAUACUUGGAAGUUUCGAUAAUUAUGUCGAAGGGCAGAUCGAUUAACGGUAUUAGUACAUAUUAUAUUCUCGCACGUGAGCGUAAAUGCACGAACAUGUGUACGCGAAGGAUCUUCUUUUAUUGUAAUAUUGAUGAAAUUCUUUUAUUAUUCCACUACAGUGAACAUUAUUUAAGUGGCUUAUGAUCCUUACGUCUUGAUGACUUGCCCUUCAAACACUAAGCGUUUUAUAAUACAAAUACUUUGCGCCAUCGAUUUAUAGGUAAAAAAUUUGAAUGCUAUAUUAUGAAGAAAAAAAAAUGAAUGUAAAUUCAGGAGCAGGUCCUAAUAAGUAGGGUUUAGACAAAAAACAGUAAAAAAAAAGACAAAAAAAAACAAAAAUUCUUUGAAUGACCGGAUGUAACAUGAAGCGUUUAAGUUUAUCAAAUAGUACGUUAUACAAUACAUUUUUAGCAUUAGAUUUAGGUUUUACUUUGAUCAUUAUUAUUACUAUUAUUACUUUAUUCAUUUUAUUUUUACUAUUGCUAUGGUCAUUAUUAUUAAAAUUAUUAUUUUUAUCAUGUUGUAACAUAUACUAUUGACAAGUACCAAAAUAAAUAAAUAAGAACUGCUUGCUAAGUCAAGUCUUAUUGCAAUUUCGUUUAAACAUGAUGUUUGAGCGUCACGACCACGGCGUUAUAUGUUGUGUGCUUGUGUUAUCAUUGUUGUUACUAUUAUCGCUCUAUUUAGUAAGGUACAUUAGAUGAAAUUAGUUGACGAGCAUCUCUUGUGCGAUCUCUUGCAAGUUGUAUUUGUAUCUAUUCUAAUAAUCAAUUUUUAAUGAAAUGUGAUUAGAAAAAUAUGCUAAAGUGAUUCUAUUGAAUGGUAAAAUUGAGGUUUUUGUUGAUUAUUUCAUUGCGCUGUUCACAGUUUUGUAUUGUAAAUCAUUUUUGUAGUACGUAUAGGUUUCGUGAUUGAAAUACAAUUGAUUAUUAAAGAAAAUAAAAUGAAAAUUGUAAAAAUAACCCGUGGUCUCUUUGAUGUUGCGAGAGAAAUUCACCACAACGUGAUUCUUCAGUUGUUGAUACAUUGAAACAUGAACAUCUUGAACAACUAGAACGUAUAUCAAUAACAAUUAUACCAGAAAAUUUCUAAAAUUAAUAAGUGACAUCACUCUAAAGUAUAGUUGAAAAUUAAUUUGAGAUAAAAAUAUUUACAAAUAAUGUACAAUAAACAUUACAGCA